UUGCAUUUGUUACGUCUAGCAGCUGCAGACUAAAAAGAAGUCUUCUUCAAAAAAUCUCCUAAAAUGGCCUCGACUGCAGCAUGUGAAUCUAUCGAAGAUAGUCUGAAAUUAUCUGGUAAAAAGUCUUUCGCAGGCAUUCCUGAAGCGACAUUUGUGGAAGAUGUGGAUGCUUACAUGAAGGAUCGUGAAGGGGUGGAGUCAAUACUGCGACAGCUCGACGAACAACAUGGAAAGUAUAAAUUUAUGGAGCUCAAUCUUCUUGCCCGCAAAAAGAAGCUGAAGAGCCAAAUUCCAGACAUCCAAAAAUCACUCGACAUGAUCCAAGUCCUAGAAGCAAAAAAGAAAACUAAUGAACAAAUUGAAACUCACUUUCUGCUGUCAGAUCUUCUGUAUUCUAGAGCUAUUAUUGAACCAACAGACAAAGUCUGCUUGUGGCUAGGAGCUAAUGUGAUGUUGGAGUACACUUUAGAAGAUGCCAAGGCUUUACUGGAGAAAAAUCAUGAAACAGCAAGGAAAAAUCUUUCACAGGUGCAUCAUGAUCUUGAUUUCCUAAGGGAUCAGAUGACAACAACAGAGGUGAACAUGGCUAGGCUUUACAAUUGGGAUGUCAAAAGAAGACAAGCCCUAAAUGCAAAAUAAUAAUUAUUUACAGCUAGCGUGAAAAGAUCCACUUCAAUUGUCCACAAUAAAAACAAAAAACCAACUCA